AACACCCAAAACACUUUCUACCCUUAAAACCUUCGCUGCUUCUUCCUCCUCCCCUGCACUUGUCUGCCUCUCUCUUCAUCAAAAAGCCCUAAAAAGAAAGACGAUGCCUUUCCGGUUCAGAAUUUUCUCCAAACAGUGCCAUGUGGAUUUCGUCAUCACCAUUUCUAUCAACCUGGAUGAGCAGCUGAUGGGUUCGUCAGGGAUGGCUCCACCUUCAUCCUCUAAAGCCCACGCGGCGGCUCCCUCCACUCUCGCCUUCUCCUCCGCCGUCUCCAAGUCCCUCAACCCUCUCAGGCUCAGAGUCGCCUCUUGCGGUGCUGCUAUUGGCCGCGGAUCCGCUCUCAGAGCUCGUAUGGUCUCAAUGCCAACGAUUAAGCCCCCGCUCUCUCUUGAUUUCGACACCUCUGUUUUCAACAAGGAGAAGAUCAACCUCGCUGGUCACGAUGAGUAUAUUGUAAAGGGAGAAAGGUACUUGUUCCAUCUGCCGCCUGAUGCCUUCAAGGGCAUCAAGCAGAUCGGUGUUAUCGGUUGGGGUUCACAGGGACCUGCUCAAGCUCAAAACUUAAGAGAUUCUCUAGCUGAAGCAAAGUCGAAUAUUGUGGUCAAGAUUGGGCUUAGGAAGGGAUCCCGUUCAUUUAAUGAAGCUCGCGCAGCUGGUUUCACCGAGGAGAAUGGGACUUUAGGUGACAUAUAUAUGGGAAACAAUCUCAGAGAGUGAUCUUGUGUUGCUACUAAUUGCUGAUCCCGCACAGUUUUACUUGAUUUGGCCAAGUACGUCUUCCCCAAGCAGUUCAAGGCUCGGACUCUCGAGGAAGCUCUCAUGUCAGGACCAGCCCAGAACUUUUGCUAAAUCCUGUGAGAACCAUCUUGACAUAGCAAAAAAAAUAGUUUUCUUAUCCCA